CGUGCCAGCGCGGGCGUCCCGCCGGCGCCGCGCACGCGCUCUCGCCACCCCCCUGCGGGCGCCCCGGUGGUCCGCGCCCGGAGCGCGCGAGGCUUGAAUCGCCGGGCGAGGCGCGGGGCCGCCGGGCUGCUUCCCGGGAGCGCCGUGCCAUGGACGCGGAGCAGGCCGAGGUCCGCGUGUUGGAAGCCGAGGUCCAGGCCCUGAAACGGGCAUUGGAGGAGCUGCCGGCGCCCGCAGCGGCCACGGCCCGAGUGCGAAAAUCAUUUCCAGAAAUAUACCAAUCAGAUUCUGAAGGAUGGGAAACUUCAAAAGAUCUAAGAAGUAAUCUUGGAAAUUUAGAAUCAGAACUUCUAUUUCUAAAUACGCUUACUGGUAUAAAUAUCAGAAAGUACUCCAAGAAGACAGAGAACUUAGUGAGUGCUGAGCUGACAGAAAGGCGUAUAAAGAAAGUUCUGCAAAGACACAAAUUAUCAGGAAAUUGCCACAUGAUUACAUUUCAAGUUGAAUUUCAGAUUCUGGAAGUCCAGAACAAGGACAAUUUAUCUUCCGUUAUUACUGACCUCAACAUAAUAAUGGAGUCCACUGCAUAUUCAGAAUUAAGUGAAUUUGUAUCUAGAGCAGAAGAAAGAAGAGAUCUGUUUAUGUUUUUCCGAAGCCUGCACUUUUUUGUGGAAUGGUGUGAAUAUCGGAAGCGCACAUUUAAACAUUUCAAGGAGAAGUACCCAGCGGCUGUGCGGCUCCCGGAGGGCGCCUCCUCCAGCUGCAUGCACAUCCGGAGCACCAGCCAGCCAGGGUUUGAACUUGUCAUCGUUUGGCAGAUGCACAUAGAUGAGGAAGGGCAGGUCCUGCCGAAGCUGGAUCUUCUCACCCAGGUGCCACAGCGAGCCCUGGAGCUGGACCAGGAGGGAGCGGUGGCAGCAGCCCCUCGCAGCUUCCGGGCCCUGCUGGGCGCGCUGGGCGUCGAGGCGGCGCUGGAUAGCCUGCUGCGGCUGCUCUGCGCGGAGGAGCCCGCAGCCCGCUCGGCGGCCCCUGAAUAGAGAACUGGCUGCACCCUUCACGUGUCUGCAGCUACGACACGUGGCCCAUCAGCUGCGGGGACAUGAGAAGCACAUGCAGCUGUUUAAACACAAAACGCAAAGACGGACACACCAGGAGCAGCUAUGCCCCCCCCCCCCCCCCCCCCCCCCGCCUCACACGCACUCUCUGGACCCACAGCAGAGUCUGCCUUCAGCCUGCAGUGGGACAGCAAGUGUCCCCCACAGGCCUGUCCCACCCGAGCCCCAGCUCCACGAACGCCCAGCACUCGAGUCUCUCCAAACCCGAGGACAGAAGAUAUAACUGUUAUGACAGAAUUAAAGAAUAAAUUCUAGAAAAACUGGCGUAAUUCAAA